UUGAGAAAAAAUUAUUUGGCAACUUUCCAUAUUUCGUUUAAAUUGAAGCUUGGAAGCGGUUUGAAGAAAUUUUAUUGUGACUGUGAUAUAUUGUAUUAAAAAUAUUAUACUAUGAAUCAAAGAAAAAAAUCAGAUAAAAACGGCUCUGAAAAGUCCGAUUUGCCUCCCGUUUUGGUCCGUAUGAUCACCCCUUGUUCUAGCUGGCCUAUCAAGGAUGAAUUUUUGGAUGUAAUUUAUUGGACUCGUCAAAUCCUUGCUGUCCUGUUCGGCAUUAUAUGGGGAAUAAUUCCAAUACAAGGAAUUAUUGGCAUAGCUUUGUAUUGUCUGUUGAAUAUUGUCAUUUUUUAUUCAUACUCAACAAACUUCCAGCACGUAGACGAUGAGGAAUUUGGUGGCAUUUGGGAACUUCUCAAAGAAGGAUUCAUGACAGCAUUUGCAUGCUUCCUUGUGACUUGGAUAGUAGUUUACUCUUAUUUGCAUUUUGAUGGAUGAAAAAUAUUCAUUACAGUGGCAAAUUUUUAAUGUAUGUCCAGUGCAUGCACAUAAAUAUUUUUAAAUCAAAAGAAUUAUAAAUUUAUUCCCCCGAGUUAUUUAGUUUUUACCAGGACAAAUAUUACUUUUAUGAUUGAAGUCUAUAAACCUUACCUCAAAGAUUGCAAUGACUUACAACAAUCAACACAAAUUCUCUAAUAAAUAUGAGUAAACUGAAAUUUAGUUUUGGAACUUUGUUUUUCCAAAAAAAAAUUGGAAAAUAAGUGUAUAUACUUAUAUUAAAUUCAAAGUAUAUUUUAUUUGAUACCAUUAUUUAUUAAUAAAUGUUUCAUAAAAAAUAUUUUGGAAGUUCUUUUGCCACUUCUAUUAAAAAAGGAAAUGAAAAAUCGGAACUAGUGAAAAUAGAAACUAUUUUAAUAUAUGAAAUUUUCUCAACUUGUACAUUUUUGUAAAUUUUUUUACUAGAUCUUCAUUUGUUGAAUUUGUUGUGUUUAUAGAUUUUGUUUAGUAAUUUAAUUUAUUAGAAUCUUUACAGUCCAUUGUUGAAAAUGUGUUCUUUGAGUUUAAACUUACUGUUAAUACUUGAGUUACUGUCAAUAAUGAACA